UCCCCUUGCUUCGCAAUCCCUUUCGUCCGUCUCUACUGCUUCAUCACAUCAUCAUGCAUCCCAAAUCAAUGCCAAGCUUCGCUCCUCUCCUCUUCCCCAUCCUUCUGUUCUUCGUUACCAUCUCGGGCGAAAAAGAGUGUAGCGAGUGUAAGACCAGGAGCUGCGGAGAAGUCAAGAACAUCACACAUCCCUUCUGGUUCUCUGGGGACCAACCGCCCGGUCCUCCUGGUUUUGAAGUGGAAUGCGAAAACAAUAGUCUCCCCGUUCUCGUGAAUUCCUUCGGCAUGUCAUACUCUAUCCACCAAAUCUUCUACGAUAACAGAUCCCUUUGGCUCAACAACACCAAACUCGCCGCCGACUGCUGCCCAGUUCCCAGUGACAACGUCCAGUUUGGUCCCGAUGAUUGCUUCUCCAUUAGCACGGCGAACAGAGAGCUCUUCCUGUUCCAUCAUUGCUCAGGAACCAGACCCGAGAAUUCCACGCCAACAAAGUGUGCUCAUGAUGACGUUUAUGCUAAACUUGGUGGAAAUUUCGGCGACGUCCCUCCGCCUGACCUAUCGUGCGCGUGUGAGGUGAUGGCUGCACCGGUUUUGACGCUCGGCGGAGAGAAAGAGAGUCCAGACUGGUACGAGGAUCUCCUGAAGAAUGGAUUUCUGGUGGAGUGGUGGGACGAUGAAAGAAUAUGCGGGGAUUGCAGAGGCAGCGGUGGGAAGUGCGGGUCUGAUCAUGAAACUGGGGAUUUCGUCUGUCGCCGCCCACAAGGACCGGAUUAUCCCAGCAGCUGCAGAAAUUGCGACGAUCCUUGUGCAGAACAUAAACACACGAAGCGGAUUGUAAUAGUUUCGCUGGUGGGAUCGGUGGGCUUGCUGUUGCUCUGUGCUGUGUUAUCACUCCUCCAUGCAUCAAAAUGGUUCAAGAACUCUGUCUUCUUCAGCUCCAAAUCAGAAUGCACACACAACAUCGAAGCCUUUCUGGGUAAUUGUGGAUCCCUGGCCCCCAAAAGAUUCAAGUACUCUGACCUGAGAAAGAUCACCAAAUCCUUCCGAGAGAAACUGGGCGAAGGUGGAUAUGGAAGCGUGUUCAAAGGCACGCUCCCGGACGGCCGCUUGGUGGCCGUCAAGAUCUUGAGCAAGUCCAAGGAGGACGGCGAGGAAUUCUUCAACGAAGUCGUCAGCAUCGGUCGCACCUCGCACGUCAACGUCGUCACUCUCCUCGGCUUCUGCCAAGAGGGCCGCCGAAGAGCUCUGGUUUACGAGUUCAUGCCCAAUGGUUCCCUGGAGAAGCACAUCAACCGAGCAGCUCUUCCUUGGGACAGACUCCACCAGAUAGCCAUCGGCAUCGCCCGAGGGCUGGAGUAUCUGCAUCGCGGCUGCAACGCUCGCAUGGUCCACUUCGACAUCAAGCCUCACAACAUCCUCCUCGACGAGGAUUUCCGCCCCAAGAUAUCAGACUUUGGAUUGGCGAAGCUGUGCCCGCAGAGAGGGAGCGUGCUGUCCAUGGCGGACGCGAGAGGGACGAUAGGGUACAUCGCACCGGAAGUGUUCUGCAGGAACAUUGGAGCGGUCUCCACCAAAUCAGACGUCUACAGUUAUGGAAUGAUGCUCUUGGAAAUGGUUGGAGGGAGGAGGAACGUACGCUUUUGAUGCCAUCCGUUCAGAGAUCUUGUUUGAUCUGCUUAGCACACCGUGAUCCAAGAUUGCUGCAGGCUCCGUCUUCCGUCUUUAAUCCGAUCGCGCUGCGGAAUCUACAGGGA